AUGGCUAGCAUCAGACGAUCCUUCUUCGCCAAUGAUGAGCGGCCUGCUUUCCUUGCCAGUCUUCUUUCGGGCUGCCGGCGUGUUAUGGCUGAGCAGACGGCUGGACUGGCUGCCUCCCCUGACACCUAUCACGCUUUUUGCCGCUUACUUGCUAGAGUAAAAUGCAAUUUUCAAUUAAGUGAACUUGCUGUCCUUCCUGAUUACAACGAAUUCAUUCGCCUCUUCAAGGAAUUGACGGUUAAAAGUCUCCAGGUAGGUACAUUAUUUGACGCCUCUACCACGCUUUCUAGUACUGCUAUGAGUUAA